AUUAAUUCAUUGUAUACAUGAGUAGGACAAUCAAGACACCGACAUAAAGUAGAUCGCGUAUGGAUGGUGACUUUUUUAAACACAUUUUAUCUUUUAAGUGAUUAAAAAUUGUUUACUAAAACAGCAGUGAUCAUAAAAUUGCAAACAGAAUUGAUAGUUCGACAGUGUUACUAUUUAUUCAAAAAUUUAAAACUAUGGACUUUCCCUUCGGUUUCACAAUGGACGUAUAAAAAUAUUAAAUCUUUUUCAAUAAACGAACAGUUAAAAAUAAAUUAAAUAAUAUCAUUAUCUAAAGUAAAUAGUAUAUCCCACUGACGGCGUUUAUCAAUUAAUACACCUUCACUGUUCAAUCUGGAUUGAUGCAGUUAUAAGAGCUCGUGACAAAAUUUAAAAUUCACGAUCAAGAUUAACUAUGUACGACUUAUGUGUAGUUGGAGCUGGUAUGAUAGGUUCGUCUGCUGCAAGGCAUGCAACGGUCACUUCCGGUCUUAGUACGUGCCUAAUUGGACCGUCGGAACCAAAAGGAAAACGCUCAGCGCAAAACGUUGCGAUAUAUGGUUCUUAUUUUGACGAGGGACGAAUAACGAGAUGUCUAGAUAAAGACUUUGUAUGGUCAACUCUGGCGCAGGAAUCUAUCAAGAGAUACCGAGAUAUAGAGAGACAAUCUGGUAUAAAGUUCUACUAUGAGGUAGGCAAUCUAAUGGUUGGCGGAAAAACUUAUUUAAGCAAAACUGAUGAUGUAGCUUCCAGAAACGCUAUUCCAACGGAAUUUUUUGACAACAAAUCGCUUCAACAUAGAUUUCCCUACUUACGAUUUACAAAUAACACUUUAGGUAGUUUUGAAACACAAAAUGCCGGACAUAUCAAUCCAAGAAGAAUUGUUCAAGCGCAAAAGGUGAUUGCGGCGGAACAAGGAUGCACCAUUAUUGAUGACGUCGUCAAUCACGUGACAAGAAUUGUUCAAUCAGAUGGCACGUAUGCAAUGCAAGUGAAAACGGAGGAAGGUCGUACUAUUCUUUGCAAAAGAGUUUUAUUGGCCACUGGAGCUUUUACUACUUUCAAAAACCUUAUGCCUUAUAUGAAACCUGAGCAGAAACUGUCCCCCAUAUCUGUGUCUUUGCUAGAGGUGGACAAAUCUAGUCUAGAAACUUUGAGUGAUAUGCCAUGCGUUAUCUACUACGGAAGUGCAAAUGCUGACUGGAAAAUACCAUCAUCACAAAUGAAGGAAAAUGAGGUGUCAUUCUACUUGUUACCUCCAAUCAAAUAUCCGGACGGUCGUUAUUAUAUAAAACUUGGACUCUUUGAUGCCGUAACUGCCACUAUGACGUCACUAGGUGAUGUUAAACAAUGGUUUGAUAAUGGAGACACCAAAUAUGCUGAAAAAGUAACCAAAUUUACAGAGUCUUUGUUCAAAGGGGUACAAUUCAAUUCUUGGCACAGCGACAGUUGCGUCAUAACAGAAACGCCCACCGAACGCCCAUAUAUAGACAUGUUGCACGACCAGCUGGGCGUGGCUAUCGGCGGGAACGGUUAUGCAGCGAAAUCAAGUGAUGAGAUUGGUCGAUUGGCUGCCGACAUGAUAAAUGGCCAAUGGAACUCUAAAUUGCCAAGAGAAUUGUUCAAACUUAGAACAUUGUCAAAAUAUGAUGAGUCUACAUUUACAAGUCUUUUGGGCAAGCUUUAGCUAAUCAUGAAAAACUGAUAUACAUGUAACUAGUAUUAUAUAACGUAAAAUGUUUUUUUUUAAUUGUGAUACAUUUAGAGCCAGCAGGAAAUAGCUAAUACGUUUGGGUUUCAAAUGGCUGAUAAGAUUUGGUUCAGACCAGUUUGAGCCAACUAUGAUUAUCUAAAUUGUUUGUUUGAAUAACUAAUCAAUUUAUUGGUUCAAAUAACUUUUCAUUUUUGAGAUCAUCGACAGAGUUCGACUUGCAAAUACCAAUUAUUUGUAACAACCAGAGACUUAUAAAUAUAUAUACACAUACCCUGCUAUAAUCGUCAAAAAUAUUAUUUUUGAGGAAUCUAAUUAUUCUAACAUGGUUAUAAGAAAGAAAGGUGAUAAAAAUAUUUUGAACAACAUUGAGCAUGGAUGAAAUUUUUCCGAACGUCAGUUGGUCAAUUCACGUCAAAUGUUCUAUGAGCAUUCGUUUAUAAAGCCUUGCAUAUACAUGUAUCAUGUAAUAAUACACUCGAUUGUCCUACCUGUUUGAUAGGGAGUUAGAAUUUUUAAGACGCAUGCCAUUAUGUAAACUAAAUAUUCAUUUGCUCACAGUAUUGCUUUAUUGUUAGUACCACUUGGAGCUCAUAUAUUGUAUGUAUAUCUGUGGUACGCAUGUGUAUAAAAUCAUUUUCAAAAAAACAUUAUUUCUUGUACACUCUGCUGUUACCUCGUUUCAAGAACUCAUGCUAUUUUGCAUAUGUAGCAUCACCUGUAAA